AUGAGAAUCACGCGGUCAUGGCUCGCAGUGGCGGGUCUGAGCCUGCUUUCUGCCUCUGCCGAAAAACAUCAAACUGCCUUUGGCCUCUCAGUCGACGCGACAGCUGAUGCAUCCGCGCCGGAUGGCUUCACUCACAAGCAUGAAGCAGGGAGAUGCGCCAUUCGUGGACACUGUGGCAAGCAAGGCUUUUUCGGCUCCGAGUUGCCAUGCCCUGACAAUGGUCUGGCCGAAGAGCCCUCGGCCGACACACGCAAGACGCUCAUGUCAAUCUGUGGUGACAAAUGGGCUGAAGGUCCUGUGUGCUGUACCGAUGAGCAGCUUGGUGCACUCAGCUCCAACCUCAAGCGCGCUGAAUCCAUCAUCGGUGCAUGCCCUGCUUGCAAGGACAACUUCUUCAACCUCUUCUGCACAUUUACCUGCUCUCCCGACCAAUCUCUCUUCGUCAACGUUACCAAUAUCGCUCCCAAGGGUGACAAACUGCUAGUCACUGAACUCGACCAGCUCAUCUCCGAAGACUAUGGAAGUGCAUUCUACAGCAGCUGCAAGGACGUCAAGUUCGGAGCUACUGGAGGAAAAGCCAUGGACCUGAUCGGUGGUGGCGCAAAGAACUACACCCAAUUCCUCAAGUUCUUGGGUGACAAGAAGCCUUUCGGCAGUCCCUUCCAAAUAAACUUCCCUGUUCCUAACGAGGCUGACUUCCCUGGCAUGGAACCUGGAUCUGACAAAGCCCACCCUUGCAACAGCACUGACGAGAGAUACCGAUGCGCAUGUGUCGAUUGUGCCGCUUCUUGCCCCGAACUGCCUUCUGUCAAGGAAGCACACGAAUGCAAGGUCGGCGUUUUGCCCUGCCUUUCUUUCGCUGUCAUCAUUGUCUACUCUGUCUUCCUGUUCCUUCUGAUUCUUGCCGUCUCUGGCCAUGUCGCUUAUGCUAAGCACACCAAGAGCCGCAAUGAGCGCUUGAGAUUGCUCCAGGACGCUUCUCCCAGCGACGAUGAAGACGAAGGUGACAUUGUUCACCAGGCUGGCCUGCUCGAGAAGCCCACCAGAAGCUAUCCUCUGAACACCGUCUGUGACAGAAUCUUCUCCCGUCUUGGUCGCACUGCCGCCACUUUUCCUGCCAUCACCAUCAGCUCCUCGGUCAUCAUUGUUGCAUUGCUUAGUCUGGGCUGGAUGCGCUUUACUGUCGAGACCGACCCUGUCAAGCUUUGGGUGUCUCCUGACUCUGAGGCCGCAAAGGAGAAGGCCUUCUUCGACAAGUCUUUCGGUCCCUUCUUCAGAGCUGAGCAAGCCUUCUUAGUCAACGACACUCUGCCCACCGGUCCUGGUCCUGUUCUGUCUUACGAUACACUCAACUGGUGGUUCGAUGUCGAGAACCGUAUUCGUAGGAUGAAGUCGAUCGACGGUGGUUACACGCUCGACGACGUCUGCUACAAGCCUACAGGCGAUGCUUGCGUUGUUCAAUCCUUGACUGGCUAUUUCGGUGGUGAUUUCCAAGGCAUUGACCCUGACCUUUGGCAAGAGGAUCUCGAGGCUUGCGCAGACACUCCUGUAAACUGUCUGCCCGACUUCCAGCAACCUCUCAACCCUCGCUACCUCUUUGGAGGCUACAACAACAGCGUCAUCGACUCUACAGCAGUUGUUGUCACAUGGGCCGUUACCAACCACGCAGAGGACACCUUCGAGCUCGAGAGAGCCAUGGACUGGGAAGAGAGUCUCAAGGGGCUCUUGCUCACUGUCCAAGAUGAAGCUUCUGAGCGUGGUCUUCGCCUAUCUUUCAACACUGAAAUCAGUCUGGAGCAGGAGCUCAACAAGUCGACCAACACUGAUGCUAAGAUUGUUGCUGUCAGCUACCUGAUCAUGUUCUUGUAUGCUUCCAUCGCACUAGGCGCCACCACUCUGACCGUUAGAGACGUGCUGAGAAACCCCGCCAAUGCUCUGGUCCAGUCAAAGUUCAUGCUUGGUGUUGUUGGUAUUCUUAUUGUUCUAAUGUCUGUCUCUGCAUCUGUCGGUCUUUUCGCUGCCGCCGGUGUCAAGGCUACGUUGAUCAUCGCCGAGGUCAUUCCAUUCCUGGUUCUUGCAGUCGGUGUUGACAACAUUUUCCUCAUCGUCCAUGAGUUCGAACGUGUCAACAUCAGCCACGCCGAUGAGCCAGUCAGUGAGAGGAUCGCAAAAGCACUUGGUCGCAUGGGACCCAGCAUUCUCCUAUCUGCGACUACUGAGACCGUCGCAUUUGCUCUUGGUGCUGCUGUUGGUAUGCCUGCUGUUCGCAACUUCGCCGCAUACGCAGCUGGAGCUGUCUUCAUCAACGCUAUCUUGCAGGUGACUAUGUUCAUUUCGGUUCUCGCUCUCAAUCAAAAGCGUGUUGAGGCCGGUCGCGCAGACUGCUUCCCCUUCAUCAAGGUCAAGGGUGCUGACUCUAAUUCGAUGGCUAUUGCCGGCAUGCCUGGCUUGGCUGGUAUUGAGGAGGAAGGCGCACUCCAGCGCUUCAUCCGCAAGACUUAUGCUCCUGCUUUGCUUGGAAAGAAGACCAAGACUGCUGUCAUCACCAUUUUCCUCGGAUUCUUCACCAUCGGUCUCGCCCUUUUGCCCGGUGUCGAACUUGGGCUUGAUCAACGCAUUGCAAUCCCUUCUGAUUCUUACCUCAUCAAGUACUUCGAUGAUCUCUACGACUACUUUGAGGCUGGACCGCCGGUCUACUUCGUUACCAAGGAUCUUAACGCGACUGCUCGUGUACAUCAGCAGGAGAUUUGCGGUCGCUUCUCAACUUGUGAGGAGUUUUCUUUGGCAAACAUCCUCGAGCAAGAGCGCAAGCGACCAGAGAUCAGUUACAUCGCCGAUGCUACUGCCAGCUGGAUUGAUGAUUUCUUCUUCUGGUUGAACCCUUCGCUUGAGGAGUGCUGUGUUGACGGGUCUCAUACUUGCUUUGAGAACCGCAACCCUCCCUGGAAUGUCACUCUCCAUGGUAUGCCUGAAGGCCAAGAGUUCGUCUCAUACCUUCAGCGCUGGCUCGAGUCGCCCACUACCAGUGAAUGUCCCCUGGCUGGCAAGGCUGCAUAUGGUGACGCUCUUGUCGUCGACAACAGCAGUCUGAGCAUUCCCGCUUCUCACUUCCGUACCUCGCACACCCCUAUGCACAGCCAGAGCGACUUCAUCGCCGCGUACAAGUCUGCUCGUCGUAUUGCAAAAGAUAUUACAUCGCACACAGGUGUUGAGGUGUUCCCUUACAGCAAGUUCUAUAUCUUCUUCGACCAAUACGUGUCCAUUGUCCGCCUUUCUGGUGCCUUGAUUGGAGGUGCCCUUGGUUUCAUCCUCGUGUUGAGCAGCGUCUUGCUCGGCUCGCUGGCCACAGGUCUUGUUGUCACAGUCACCGUGGGCAUGACUGUCGUUGACAUCAUCGGCACCAUCUCCUUGGCCGGUGUAUCACUCAACGCUGUUUCCCUUGUCAACCUCAUCAUUUGCGUUGGUAUCUCAGUCGAGUUCUGCGCCCACAUUGCACGCGCAUUCUCAGUACCAUCGCCUUCUCUCCUCGAACGCUGCCAUAGCUUCCGCGGGAAGGAUGCUCGUGCCUGGGCUGCUCUUGUCAAUGUUGGAGCCUCGGUAUUCUCGGGUAUCACAGUCACCAAGCUUCUCGGUGUUUUCGUGCUCGCCUUCACUCGCAGCAAGAUCUUCGAAAUCUACUACUUCAGAGUCUGGUUGGCACUUGUCAUUUGGGCUGCACUUCACGCUUUGGUCUUUUUGCCGGUUGCCUUGAGCUUUUUCGGUGGAGUUGGCUACGCAGACCCCGAUGUUGAUGGUGGUCUUGAGCAGGACCUCGCCAGCAGGCGUUACCGUGCUAUGAUGCCUGAUGAGGAGUACUACUCUGAUGAGUAUUAA